AGAAUGCGGGGACGAGAAGUGUCAAAGCCAAUAUUUGGUCAGCAGUCAGCAGACGGACCGACACCGACACGACCGUGCGUCAUUUUUUGGCGAAACAGCUGCUGCAGAAGGGGGCGUGGCCACUGACCGCACAGCCGACGAAAACACCUCACAUUUCAGCUAAAAUGUUGACGAAUUUGGGACGUACCUUGAGCCAGGGUGUCUGGCGCGGCGCCAGGGCCAUCCAGACCUCGGCAGUGCAGAGGUCAGACAGCCUUUUCGUGCAUCGAGACUCUCCUGAGGACAACCCUGACAUUCCCUUUGAGUUCAACGCGGAAAACAAGAAGAGGGCAGAGGCCAUCAUGGCCAUUUACCCUGAGGGUCACACCAGGGGCGCCAUGAUCCCCUUGCUCGACCUGGCCCAGAGGCAAAACGGAGGCUGGCUGCCCAUUUCGGGCAUGCACCACGUGGCCGAGUUGCUGAAACUGCCCCGCAUGAGGGUCUACGAGGUCGCCACCUUCUACACCAUGUUCAUUAGGAAGCCCAUUGGCAAAUACCACGUCCAGGUGUGCACAACCACUCCAUGCUGGCUGCGAAACUCGACCGAGAUUCUCGAUUGCAUCAAGAGCAAGCUGAACAUCGAAGUGGGCGAAACCACCCCGGACAAGAUGUUCAGCCUUUCGGAGGUCGAAUGCCUCGGCGCUUGCGUGAACGCCCCCAUGAUCCAGGUCAACGACAACUACUAUGAGGAUCUCACAGUCAAGGACACCGAGGAGAUCCUGGAAAAACUCAAAAAGGGCGAGCAGCCCAAGCCGGGGCCCAGGAACGGCAGAUUCGCAGCCGAGCCUUUGGGAAACCUGACCUCCCUCAAGGAGGAGCCCAAAGGCCCAGGAUUUGGCGUCCAAGCUGGUCUUUAGGAAAUUGUUGCUAGUUGUUUGAAUGUAAAUAAAUAAAUUUAAAAAAAACUAAAUGUAAAAA